GUAUUAAUUGUUCUUGUAUAAAAAUGUUUGGCUAGUCCUGGGUUAACUUCAUCGGGCUUUGCCACGUGCCACGCGAUGUGUGCAAGGCUGUGGCAAGCAUCACGACAUCAACCUUUUAUUUUGGGCUCGUCACGCGUUUUUCCCAUGAGCCCAAAGAGCGCCUGCGUAGCAAGCUAACUCUUAUCCCUGUCUGCAAAUUUUAUAUCACACUGGUUAAAAUAUUCCCAUUUUAUUAAUUUUUUUUAUCUCAGAGUUGUCAACUUUAGCUUUAGGAAAGCGCGUUUUAUCGUACAGAUUUCUUCUCAUGGCUCAUAAACAGGACGGAAAAUGGUCGUGGCUUGUUUGUUUCUCGGCGACCCUGUCUUGGCUUGGCGCGCUGGGGUUUCUGUUCAGUUUUGGAAUUUUCUUUCCAGUAUUCAUGGAUUACUUUCAUGAAUCUAGAGAAAAAACGGCUUGGGUAGGUUCACUUGCAAUGGCACUCACGAACUUUUCUGGUCUCGUAUCUGGCGCCCUCAUUAAAAGAUUCGGCUGUCGUUUCACUACUUUAGUCGGUGGAUUCUUAUGCGCGUUAAGCCUUGGCCUCUCCUCCCUGGCGAAAAACAUUCUCACCUUGUUCCUGACUUAUAGUGCACUGUAUGGCCUGGGCACUAGUUGUGUAUUGUCUGCAAGCCUCAACAUCAUUAGCAAGUACUUCAAAAAGAGGCGAUCAAUGGCGACUGGGAUUGUUGCGUGCGGGCAAGGAGGAGGGGUCCUUAUCCUGGGCCCUGUUUUACAGACCAUGAUUAACGCCUUUGGCUGGCAGACCACCUAUCAAAUAAUGGCCGGCGUGGUUCUAUCCCUGUGUUUGUCUGGACUCACCUACAGUCCUAAUGUAGAGCAUGACGAGCUCCAAGGUGAUGUGGUGGAAGUAGAAGGGAGUGCCAGCAGUGCUGAUGGCGCCCAAAAUGAACUCGUUGGACACGAAAGAGGGGAAAAUACUAAGACUUCGGUGGAAGAGGAGAAGAGAGGAUGCCAUGCCUUCUUGACUGUGUGGAAGGAACCCAAAUUUGUGGCCCUGGUCGCCUCAUCGUCUGUCAUGAUGUUUGGUCAUUUUGUGCCACAGAUUCACUUGGUGCGAUUUUGUGAAGACAUCGGAAUCACUGCUGACGCAGCAUCCAGGCUCUUCAUCUAUUAUGGUCUCGCAUCUUGCAUCGCGAGACUGAUAUCUGGUCGAUUGUGCGACUUCCAGAAAGUCAACACGUUUUACGUCUAUCAGGCGGCCGAGCUAGUCCUGGGAACGACAAUUUUGGUUGUUACCAUGGCUUCGUCUUAUGCCCACAUGAUUGCCUUUGUUGUGAUAUACGGGUUCUGUGAUGGUCUGUUUAUUACAACACUCAAUGUCCUUGUUAUAACGUGUGUUAGCCAAUCACAAGUUCCCUUUGCUAUUGGCUGGGAACUGCAAAUUACCUCGAUCGUUGUAGCUGGCGGUCCACCAGCCGCAGGUCUUAUGGCUGACUCCUUGGGUACCUACACGCAUGCCUUUUACAUGUCUGGUGCUGUGGUAAUCGCAGGCGCAUGUAUUCCUUUUCUGUUGCUCUUUACAAACACCAAGGAGCCUGGAACUAGGACAAGGGAGACGUUGUCUGAUCUUUGGGAGUUGAAUGGACCAAUUAAAGAAAUCCCUGUUACUAUGGACACAGAGCAAGGAGGGGAGACUGAGGCUGAUCCUAGCUCAGGAGAGAGUUUUAUUGUUUGGACGAGUUCUGUCUAAACCGAUUUCUUGUU